AUGGCACAACGAAGCCCAAUCUUUCCGACACUUGCCCCUACUGAAAGACGGAUUCGAAAUAUACCACUACACAGCCAAGCUUUGACCGCGGUCCCAUUAGCAUCUGCAAGUCUCGUGGAUCAGCUAGAAGACAGAAUUCUAAGCCAUGAGAAAACAACUGCUGCCCUUGUGGAACACGCUUUUCGCAUUAAGGAGGACAUUGUUUCCACUUUGCAUAGAAUGCAGAACAAAGGGGGAGGAGAUCGGUUGGCAAGGCAACUCUUAGAAGAACACAUCCGAAACAUAACGGCAAUAGUGAGGCAGCUUAACCGGGACAUUGAGACGCUGCAGGAACAGAUACGUGUCAGGGAUAACCUCAGUUAUGGAACUAAUUCUACCUUAAAGAGCCUGGAAAUGCGGCAGUUGUCUGGUUUGGGAGAUCUUCGGGGGAGAGUUGCAAGGUGCGAUGCUGGUUUAGCCAGAUUGUCUGCAGAGCACAAAAUUACGUAUGAAAGACUUCAAAGCCUAAGCAAAGACCAACAAGCUUCUAAAAUGAUCUUGGAAUCUAAAAUCAAAGAGGCAGAAAUACAGAUUUCUUACCUUCUGAGCAGAGUAGAGCAGUCAAUAAUGCAACAAGAAGCAAAACUGAAGAUUGCCUACAAAGAGAGCAACCAACAGCUCCACCUUCUGGAUGUUAAAUUAAAAGGUGCAGUAGAGGAACUCAGCAGCCAGAUAUUGUCUGCCCGCAGCUGGUUGGAACAGGAACAUGAACGGAUUGAAAAAGAGCUUUUACAGAAAAUUGAUCAGAUUUCCUUGGCCCUUAAGGAAAAGACCGAAAUGAGUGAAAGGGCCAUAGAGAUGAGAUUCAGCCAGAUGUCAGAGAAACUUGUUAAAAUAGAAGAAAUACAAAAAAUAACCGUGGAAGAACAUGGAACAAAACAGGCUGAAGAGAAGAUAAAUAUUCGAAUCAGCAAGCUUCAGAUGGAGAUUAAUGAAGAUAUAAAAGAAAUGAAAGCUGAAGUUAAUGCUGGGUUUGCGGCUAUCUACGAGAACAUUGGGUCCCUACGGGAAGUUCUAGAAGCCAAAAUGAAACUUGACAGGGAUGAGCUACAGAAGCAGAUUCACCAAAAGAAGCAGGAAGUUCCGACAUAG